AUGCUGGCACCUACACUGCCUCCAUUUGAAUUGGGUGAUAUUACGCGAGACUAUUAUGGUACCUUGUACAGUGGGACUCCAUUGGCACUUACUUGCAGCCUCAACUUAAGUACUAUUGAUACAACCUUUAGUGUCACUAAUGAAUGGAUUCAUAAUGAAGAAGUGGUGUCAAAUACUUCUAGAGUCAAGCAGUGCAUAACUGAGAUAGCUACUAAUGUAUAUAAUGCAACACUUUACUUUUAUCCUCUCAACAGUACCAUUGAUGAUGGAGAAUACAAAUGUACCUUUAGCAUUGGCUCUAAUCUACUCUUGAGCAACAUUAGUAGCAAUGUAUCAACAUAUCUUUUAUAUGAAGAGCUAGGACUACCCUCAGUGGCUCUCAGUAUAAUAAAUGAGAGUAGAGUACAAAGUGUAUUGCAAUGCAGAGUGACUGGAGUGAGCUCAAGGCUAUUGGCAAUCCCAGAGUUGCAGUGGUUUAAAGAGGGAGAGCUGAUCUCAUCAAGCUUCAACACAAUUGAAAACCUAGGAGUGCCUUUUUCAGGCUUAUACAGAUGUGCAGCCACACUCACCAUCAGUGAUAUCAACAGUACAGUAGCAUCCUUUGCAACUUAUGACGUCAUCAUUCAAGGCACAUUAAGGGUUUCUGUUUUUGAGAGAGGCAAUCAGUUGUUUGAUGAUAACCUUGAGCUUGUGUGUACUGUGAAUGGGUCUUCCUCUUCUAAUGUUAGUUGGUAUGAUCCUAGUGGAGCUCAAGUACUAGAUGCAUCAUUGAUUUACGUCGUGACAAAUUCUGAAGAAGAUUCUGUGAUUUCUGUUUUGAAAUUUUCUUCGUUGAGAUUUUCAGAUAACGGAGAGUAUCAGUGUCUUGCUCAAUUGGAUUUGUAUAUUGCAAGUGAAAGUAUUAAUGUCUCAGUACAAUUACCUGAGUCCUUAGACGUAGAGAUUACACAGGACUAUACCGGUCUAUUAUAUACAGGAACACCUCUUACCCUUAUAUGCAGUCUAAACUUGACUGCCAUUGACACUAAUAUAACAGUUUAUAGUCAAUGGAUAAGAACCAGUCAAAAUGCUAAUAUACAAACUGAUUCUAGACUCACUCAAUCUCUAUCAGAGAUAUCUACCAAUGCAUAUGAGUCAGUUUUGACUUUUAAUCCUUUAGACAGUUUGGUAGAUGGUGGAGAGUACAUUUGUCUCUUUACAGUAAGCACUGAUGAUGUCGUAACUGAGGAUAGAACUGGUAAUACCUCAAUUCAACUCUCAGUAAAUGAUGCUCCUCCUUUAUUUGUCAAUCUUGUCCUACUCAACAUUAGCUCCAGUGAAGUAUUGCUAGAAUGUUCUGUUACUAGUAUCGAUAGAUUGAUAGCUACACCACCAACACUAGAACUGAUAUUCUCUGAUGCUGUCCUAUAUACAUUGACUGGUAGUAGCAGUCAAAUAUUCAGACUGGACCGUGUUCAAACUUUGUCUGGUGUGUAUAAAUGCAAUGCUGAGGUUACAAUUGUUGGUCUUAAUGAUGUCACUGUUAAUGGAACAGGAGAUAAUCAUUUAAUUAUACCAGAUAUAUUAGAUAUUGAUUUAUCUGUCACAGAUGAGCCAUUGCUUGGUAAUGAGUACAGUUUAGUAUGCACUGCCAAUGGUAGUAUUACACCUCUAAUUCAUUGGUACGAUGAAAAUGAUGAGCCUCUCAAUACAACUACUGUGUCUGUUACUACCAUUGCCCCUGCUUUGAUAUCAGUUGUGUCUGUGUUAACAUUCAAUCCACUGAGACUAUCAAAUGGAGGGCAUUAUCGAUGCUCUGCUAUCCUUGCUAAUGGAAACAGUACAUUAGUAGAAAAUGAUACUGUUAUGGUAUUAAUACAAUUACAAUCGUUGCCAGUCCUCUUAUCCCUUGAUUAUGAUGGACAACUAUAUACAGGAACACCACUCAUCUUGUCUUGUUUUCUUAACAUUAGCUUCAUUGAGACGAGUGUAUUGACUGACACCCAAUGGACAAUAAAUGAGCUUGAUAUUUUAUCAGUGAACCAGUCUAGAGUCAUACAAAAGGACAUUGAAUUUGCUGAUAACGUAUUCAAGUCGUCUCUUGAGUUUAAUCCAUUGAACAGUGUAACUGAUAAUGGAGAAGUUGUCUGUAGUUUUACUGUCAGUCCUUCUACUGGAGGAGAAUAUUUUGUAAAUGCUACAACAAGAGCAGCAUUUAAUAUUUCAGUAAAUGCACUUGCUUACCUUGGUGUGGAUAUUUCAUUAAGUAGUAAUGGCACUUUAGCUACAGUGCAGUGUAUUACUAGUACCAUUGACAGACUGAUUGCCAAUCCUGUAUUAGAAUGGUCAUAUCCUUCAGAUGCUUUAAUAGUCUCCAGUACAGCAAAUAGUCUUACUUUUAAUCCACUCCUAACAUCUUCUGCUGGUCAGUAUGCCUGCACAGCAUCAAUCAUCAUUGAUAGCAUCAACUUUAUCAUACAAAACAGCUCUACUCUUAAUUUUACACUGCAGAUACCAAGUCCUACAGUCAGUAUCACUGCUAGUCCUUCAGUGGAAGUAUUUCAUGAUACAGUACUGAAUCUAACAUGCACUGCUACACUAUCAGAUCACAUUGAUUCACCGGUUGAGAUUAUUUUCGAGUGGUUUGACUUUGACGAUAGAAUAACAAUUGAAACUAUAAUUAGGAGCAAUGGGUCUCAUUUUGAAAGCAGUGCACUUAUUUAUCCUGAGCAAUACAGUGGUUUCAUCAUCAGGAAUUAUACUUGUAAUGUUACCAUAUCAUCAAUGAGCCAUUACCUAAUAGAUGCUAUUAAUUCUUUCACUAUUCCCAUUACUGUACAAGAGCUUCCUUCUUUUGCUCCAUUGAUUGAAUCAACUGGCAAUCCAGUUUUUGGUGAAGAGCUAUUUCUCAAUUGUUAUGUGACUCUUGUCAAUGAGCUAAGAAUGCAACCAAACAUUUAUUGGCAAAAGAUUGACAGUGAUACUAAUGAGACUUUGAUGCUAUCCGGACAAGAAUACAGCAUGGGACUCCUAAAGGGAAUCACAUUAACUCUGCCUAAUCUGUCCUUUGAUUCUAGAGGCUUGUACAUUUGUGGAGUCAAGUAUGUGUCACCAAGCAGCAACACGAGUGAAGUAACGCAUGAAAAUUAUACAGUCACAUUAAAAAUUCCACCAGUUACUGCUUUUAUAUUAUCUGAGUCUACUACUGAGAGGAUUGCUGGAACAUUCUUUGAGUUGAAAUGCUUAUUAAAUACAACAUUCCUGGACUCAUUCAAUUCAUCAUUAUUCCCAGUAUCCAGUCAAUGGCUACACAAUAACAGCAUGGUCAAUUCUGAUAGGGUCACUGGUCAUAUUGAUAAUGAUAGUAAUGGGUUUUACAGGACCACAUUAGUCUUUUAUCCAUUGGAUACCAGUGACUCUGGUAUAUAUCAGUGCUCACUAACAGUUGGGAUUGAGGAUCAAUAUGUACAAACUACACAAGUUAAUACCUCAACAACUUUAUAUAUAAGAGAUGUCCCUCCUCUCAAUGUCACCAUUACUUCAUCAAGCAAUGAGAGGUCAUUAGGUAGACCAUAUUCAUUAACAUGCAGUGUACCAUUGAUCGAUGGAUUUAUAUCAUUGCCAACAUUACAAUGGUAUAAUGAUAAUGAUGACCUUCUUGAGUCUUCAGUGGAAGAUGCUAAUGGCUCUCUCACACUUUCAUUUGAAUCACUGAAUUCAACUCAUGCUGGAGUGUAUAAAUGUUCUUUAUCACUAUCAGUUCCACAAAUUGAUAUUUAUCUUAAUACAAGUGCUUCAGAAAACAUAACUAUUCAAGUUCCUCAGCCACAUUUAGCAAUGGAGUUAGAGAGAGCAGGCAACCUUGUUUCUGGUACUCAUUUCUCAAUAACAUGUUUGAUUACUCUAUCAUUAUCAAGUCUUCACACAGUACCUACUGUUAGUGUCUUUUGGAGUAAGGACUAUACUAACAUUACCAAUGACAGCAGUCGAGUAUUUAUAUCGCAGUUGAUUGAAAAUGUGAAUCAAAGUGAAUAUCAGUCUAUACUUGUAUUCAAGUCUCUCAGCAGUGAUGUUGAUUCUGGAAAUUACACUUGUAGAGCUCAGGCUAGUAUUGGGGAUGAUGAUUUCAUUGAGGAUUCAAUAGUUGCUGCUGAUUCAGUUACCAUUAAUGUUACAGAUCCUACCAUUCCUGAACUUCUUGUAGAACCAACACAGUUCACUGGUUUGGAGAGUACUUGUGCUGAUUCUUAUCCUCAUGAUAAUGUCACGUUAAUCUGCUCUGCAACUUUCCCUUCUCUAUUGGUGGAUAGUGACACAGUAACAUUUAGUCUUACCUGGUAUCACAACAACAGUUUCUAUGCUACAAAUAUAAGUGUAUUAAACAAUGGGCUCACACUGACCAGUAGCUUAUACAUAGAAAUGGCAGGCUUGUCAGAUUCUGGCACAUACCAGUGCAAGGCUAGUAUUGCUUUCCUUGAGUCUAGUAAUGUAACAAGAUCAGAGGAAGCUGUGAUUGCAAUAAAAGGUAGUUCACUCCCACAUCCAGUUGUAGUAGAGGAUUAUAUUUCAACAUCUACAAGUGUCUCUAUUACUUUCAGGGUACCAUUGGUUGUCUACACACAGGAACAUUAUAAACUAUUGUAUGAAGGGUUUGAGUUUCAGACUCAUACUAGCCUCAGUAAUGAGGUUAUUGGUAAUACUGACAUUACCGUAUUGAAUGAAAGCUAUACCAUUGAAAUAGAUGGACUGGAGGAGAAUCAUAGUUAUAAUUUCUCUGUAAUUUCAUACAGUUGUGUUGGAAAUACAUCAAGUUCAACUGUCACUUUUACUACAAAAGAAUCAAUUCCCAAUGGUUCUCCUUCCAAUUGUACAUUAAUGGAAGUGUCUUCACGUUCUGUGACAUUGAUUUGGAAUGAUGUGUCUGAUAUAGAUCAGAAUGGAGAAUUGACUGGUUACAACGUUACCUGUCAAACUGGAGAAGGCUCUGUUCUGUCACUAAAUGCAUCAACUAACAGCAUCACUAUACAAGGAUUGAGCCCUUAUACAAUGUACCAGUGCAAUAUUGCUGCUGUCAAUAGAAUCGGACAAGGACCUUUUUUAGAAAAUUGUUUGUUCAGGACGUCACAAGAAGCACCCAGUGAUUCACCUACUAAUGUGACUCUAUCAUCAUCUACAUCAUUCUCACUGGAGUACAAGUGGUCACCACCAAACACUCCCAAUGGAAAUAUUACUCAUUACACUUUACUAUUCCUUUUCAAUAAUGGCAGUCAGCCGCUAACUGUCGUGCUUCCUGACUAUGUUCUAUCUUAUAAUCUUACUGGUUUAUCACCUUAUCAACUUGUUACACUGAAUAUUUCUGCUGCCACAUCAAUAGGGAAUGGGCCUGCUGGUCUCCUUUCAAACAGAACUGAUCAAUACAGGCCUGGUAGAGUGAAUGAUCUACAGGUGGUUGUGUUGAAUGUCAGUGCUGCUAGAGUAGUAUGGAGUGCAGUUGAACUUAGUGAAAGGAAUGGAAUUAUAACGUCUUAUUUUGUCAAUGUGACAACAUAUGAUAAUCUCAUUAUAGCAUCGCAAGUAACUGACUCACUGGCAAUUGUUAUUACUGAUUUAGAGGCAUUAAAGCCAUUUAUAGUUAAUGUGAGAGCUAUCAAUGGUGCUUCAGAGAAUGGCCUUAAUUCUCAACUCACAUUCUUCACUGCAGAAGGCACUCCUCCUGCACCGAAGAACAUCACUGCUAAUAGACUCAAUGGGACACACAUGCUUAUAUCUUGGGAACAAAUCUCAAUAACAGAAGCCAGAGGCUUCAUCAAAUUCUACCGAAUCAUAUUACAAGUCCUCAGUACUAGUAGGAGAAGGAGACAAACACUGACAUAUGAAGUACCUGCUAAUACUAGCAGUGCUGUUUUGGGUGAUCUUAAUCCUAGUUUGAGUUAUACUGUACUAGUUGAUGCUACUACCAAUGCUGGCCCUGGAUCACCUGCUUCUGCACCUAAUUUACCAGCUCCAACUUCAUCAUUAUUUCAAGUUAAAGCUGGUGAUUUCCAUUCCUGUACCGAUAUAAUAACUAAUAGUGAAGCUACAUUGAAGAACUUCUUUAAAAGCUCACUCAUUGAUGUCAUCAACAAUACUUGUCAGUGUAAUUUUGAGAGUGAUUAUAUCACUGAUGACAGAAUCAUCUGCGAUGAGACAGCACUCUCUAAAAUAACAUACAGAGGAAGAAUAACAACCUUUAAAAAUAUAUCAUCUAAUCAAUUGAUAUCCAUCAUGCAGGAAUGGAUAGACACUGCACCCACUGUACCUUACUCUCUUGCUGUCAUAUCAUUUGAUUCAAGCUGCCCUGUGGAGAUUGACUCAUUUGAUGUACCUUUAUGUGGUACACAAUUGAGUAUUACUUCUAUUACCACUAGUAUUAGUCCGACAUCAAGCUCAGUGCCUGCUACUAGUAAUACUGCUCAGUCAUCGUCUAUUGUAGCCCCAGUGUCUGCAGUUGUUGGUGUACUCUUGAUUGCUGGACUAGUACUGGCAAUUGUAAUUGUAUUGAUUGUAUUGGUUCGAAAGAGAAAAAGAAGCCAUAAUUUUAAAGAAGGAGGAAAGAAUUUUUCCAUGACACUUGCUAAUGCUGCUUAUGCUUCACGCUCGCAAAUUUUCAGUAAUACUCUACAACGACCCUUGCCACCAAAUCCAGUAAUGGAAUUACAAAAGAUCGAUCAAGAAGAUGAGAUUUACGAGCAUCUAGACAAUGAUCCAGGAGUGAAGGAAUCUGCAUUUAAAGAUAAAGACGUCAAAAACUGUGAACUCUUUGAAAAUACUUAUGCAGGUAAUGAUAGUGGAAAGGAGGGGCAGGAGCCACCAACAUACAUGGAGGUGAUUGGUGGCAUUGCUGGUGGUAAAGAGACUGUGAAGCCUGAUGGAACUGAUGCUGCUGGUCCCAUUGAUAUUUCUAAUGCCCUGAGCAAGAUUGAUGAUGACCAUGACUAUGCAUAAUAAGUUUGAAUUCAUGCUACUAAUUUUAAUAAUAAAAGGCUGUCUUGUUUCUUUAUAAAAUAAGUUGUUUAUUUAAAACUUUAAAA